AUGAGAGAUGAAAUAGCAACAACAGUCUUCUUUGUCACAAGAUUAGCAAAAAAACAUGAUAAAUUGAGUAAACAACAGAUAGAAGACUUUGCAGAAAAGUUGAUGACGAUCUUGUUUAAAACAUACAGAAGUCACUGGCACUCUGAUCACCCUUCUAAAGGUCAAGGCUUCAGGUGUAUCAGGAUAAACAAUAAUCAGAGUAAAGAUCCUAUUCUAGAAAGGGCUUGUGCUGAAAGUAACGUGGAUUUUUCUCACCUGGGACUUCCGAAGGAGAUGACCAUAUGGGUAGAUCCCUUUGAAGUGUGCUGUAGGUAUGGUGAGAAAAAUCAUCCAUUUACAAUUGCUUCUUUCAAAGACAGAUGGGAGGAAUGGGAAUUAUCCCAACAAAUCAGUGAUGCUGUUAAUAGAGCCACAUUAGACUACUCCUCUGGCACUUCCUCUGAUGAAGAAAGUUGUAACAAAGAACCUCAGAUAAUUCCUAAAGUCAGAAAUCCAAAGAGUAUUUAUCAGGUUGAAAACUUGAAACAGCCCUUUCAAUCUUGGUUCCAUAUCCCCCACAAAAGCAAUAUGGGGGAUGGCCGAAUGGGCCUCCUAGGAAAUGCUUAUCAUGCAUUGCAUAAGAUCCCUAAGGGUCACAGGCCUGCUGCUGGGCACCGGGUGGACAGGUACCACUGGGUCAACACACACCGAUAG